AUGCUUCCCCUUUUAGUGUCUUUAAGCCUCAGUGCAAAAUAUGUUAUUUCAACAGAAGGAAACUAUAAUAUUACAUUCGAAUCACUCAAAGAGGAUAUCAAGUUUAAAUUACCAUCUAUCGAAGGUUAUUCUUCAUAUGUUAUAUUAUCAAAUCCACCAAAUUAUCUUGUUUUAAAUAAUGAAAGUAUUUCAUCCAACGUAUUCCUUAUAACAAACAGAAUUUUUAGAUUUACCGUUAGUUCUCUCACCACAUUAUAUUUUAGUGUUGUUACUGUUCCAGAUACAUGCUACACACUUGAAUUCAUGUUUAAUCCACAAAAUGGUGCAGAAUACGAGUACUCAUCAUCGACAAAAUCAUUAAAAUCUAAAAAGGUUUAUUGUUUAGUUGUGUCAGGUUCAGACACUUUUGAUGUAACUUUCUCCAAUAUAAAAGGAACACUUUCUUAUUCAAAUUAUAGCUUAAAUGAUGGACUUGAAGUAAAUGAAAGUGAAACAAUGACAUUAGAAUCUACUUACUCAUUUGUAAUGACAUAUUCUACAUCAGAAAGAUCAAAAUACAAAGCAAACAUUAGUUUUGCUCUUGACUCAUCAAGUUCAUCAACCACAACUAUUCUGUAUGAUAACUCAAAGGCUUCUUAUUUCUCUUCAACACCUGUGAAUACAACAGCACCACAGUUUCCAUAUCUUAUUCCAGAUAUCUAUACUGAUAAAUACAAUUCUAAACCUACCUAUUACAACAUCACUGCUGGCUCAUAUGUUGUGUUCACUAAUUGGAGAGAUGUUAGAGGUUAUGUUUCAAGCGGUAACGUACAAUUGGAUAUUCUUGGAAAUACAAGAAUUGUUUCAAUUCUUUUCAAUGACACAGGUAUUCUCCAAAUCAAUUCAACAUCACGUAAUAAUGGUUUAGCAACAUUUGUUGUAUAUAACUUUUCACCAAAUUGCCAUUAUAUUGUCACUUUAUCAGGUGAAAGGUGGUAUAGCCUUAAUUACAAUACAAGCUAUUCCAAGUGCAUGGUUUCAGCAUUCGAUUCUGCUCAAGUUCAAGUUUCAAAAGGUGAUCAUGGAAAUCUAGAGAUUUUCAGCUACGAUGGUUCUCCAGUUUCCUCUGAAGAUGACAAAUUUGAUUUUCCGAUUUAUUCUAUAUUCACUAAUGAAGAUGGGUCUAGAGAUGAAUGGUUUAAGAAUGAUGCAAAAAGAUAUCAAAAUGAUACAUCCAUUAACUACGCUAUCACAGGAAGCACACCAGAAUAUAAUUCCUAUUCUAUAAGCAGCGAUUCUUAUAUCAUAAUCAAUACUGGCGAAUGGCCAAGUGCUUAUGUUUUACCAGGUUGGGCAAUUGCAUUAUGCUCUAUUGCUGGAUUAAUAUUCUUUGGCGUCAUUGCCUAUUUCAUUUGGAGAUGUAUUAAGCGCCGCCGUAAUAAAGCAACGCCUUCCCCAGUUGGUCCAGAUCGUGAUCAAAUCACAGAGUCAACGAUCUAUGAGAAGAAGGAUCCAGAAUAUCCUGAUCCACAAUAUACGGAACCACAAUAUCCAAAUGUGCCUCCACCUAAUCAGCAACAAUUAUACUACCCACCUCCUCCAACAAAUGUUGCUGCACCACAGUAUUCAUAUCCAUCACAACAGCCGAGUGGUCCUAUUCAACCACACGAGCCACUUAAUCCUUAUGCUGAUGAUAAAUUUUAUUAA